UGUGUGUGGCGAGGCUGUGCUCACUUCUGCGAGCGUCGUUUGCCGGGCUCUGGAGCUGUUUCAGAGCGUUGCUGAACUACCUAUAUAUAAAUAUGAGUAAACGUUACUCGAAGACGGACAAUUUAGAAAGGGACACAUCGUACUGCGAAAACAAAUAUGACUCCACAUGGGAAGACGAAGAUGAUGAUACCGAAACCUCUGAGAUAAACACCCGAAACACAUAUGCUGCGAAAGAUAUGCAAAACUUCAGGCACAGAUUUCGGGAAAUAAACUUUGAUGAUGGCAGUAGCUCAGAUGAACCGGAUCAGGAGGGAAGCAAACUGCCCAACCUGAAGUUUUACCAAAACCUGGAGCCGUCGGCCCCUGAUGGUAUAUACAUUAAGGAUUAUCAUGAAAAUUGGUUUAAUAAUUACAAAUACUUGGAACAAAAUCACGUCUACAUUCAGUGGUUGUUUCCAAUACAAGAGCAGGGGAUGAAUUUUUAUGCAUACCCCCUUACUGCAAAGGAAAUCAAGCUUUUCUGUGAAGACAAGGAUGUGAAGGAAAGGCUACUGAAGUCUUACAAGCUCAUGCUGGACUUCUAUGGCAUAAAACUGGUUGAUGAAGAGAGUGGUGAGGUGACGCGUGCGGAAAACUGGGAAAAGCAAUUUGAAAACCUGAACAGAAACUCGCACAACAACCUUCGCAUUACGCGCAUUCUGAAGUGUCUGGGUAUUCUGGGGUUUCAGCACUAUCAGGCACCACUGGUGAAGUUCUUCCUCCAGGAGACUCUGGUGAACAGGACACUUUCCAGAGUGAAAACCAGUGCUCUUGACUACUUCAUGUUCGCUGUUCUGGAUAAGUCCGAUCGAAGGAAACUGAUUGAAUUUGCCUUCCAAACAUUUGAGCCAAAAAAAGAGUUUGUAUGGUGUCCAAAGAGGAUUCAAAUACAAUUUUUAAAUCAGAAGAGAGAACAUGAAGCACCAAGGAAGAGUGAGUCAAAAUCAAAUCCCAAUAUGAAAUCCCAGUGUCAAAUUCGAGUAUCAACUCCCAAAAUCAAAUGGGAAAAUACAAAGGCAUCCUGUUCAGAGUCUGAGACCCAAACAGUGCAUGAGGCAUCACAGAGCAUUUCACCUUCUCAUGGGGUUUCCAAGGUACAAGGUGAAGAUGAACUCCACAGAGUGACGGAUCAAAACUCAAGUAAUCCAGUUUCUACCUUAAGUGAGUAUAGUGCAGAUGCAUCUGGUUGCAUCAAAGGUCUAAGCAAAAAAAGAAGUGAAGAGGAGUUAUCGGUUCAGGGAGAGUGUGAGAUUAGCACACUAGGUAUUGCUAAAGGAGAUUCAGAAAGAACAUCUGCCACCCAGAAGAGUGAUGGUGAACUCACAGAUACUGAUACCGUACAGGAGCUAGACCAGACCAGUGCAGAAAAUGCCCCAGAUAAGAAUAUACACACUGAGCUUAGUGGAGAGGAGAGUGAUCUGUCACCUGUGCCAAAAAAUGAAGAAAUGUCUGGCAAAGGCAUGUUUAAUAAUCAACCCACCAAGCAGAAUUUACAAGACAAUUCCUAUGAAACAUCAGGAAGUGACACGGCAGAUAAAAAAUCGGCUUUAGGUAGAAAUGGAGGGAACAAACACCAAGGCUGUGAGUAUCUGGGAAUGGAUGGACUGCCACGUUGUCAAAUGGCCACUGGAAAAGCCAAUACAAAUGGAACUGACAAAGGCACAGAUGAUCAUUCAGUAUGUUCAUUUAUGUUUAGUGAUCAGUUUACUAAAUCCAGCAACACCAAUAAUACCGGUGUCCUUGCUAGUGGUUCUGUUUUGUUACAUAACAAAGGAGCAAAUUCUGACCAAACAUCUGUAAAGUGUGAAGAGCGCGACGUCCCAGGUGGACUUAUGGACAAAGAGGAUACACAGCAGAGUGUAAACGAGCACGUCAGAACUCCCAGUAGUGGUGACGGAGUGUCUGAAGAUGAUGGGGGAGUCCGUAAUGGAGACACAAAAGGAGACACAGCAGCAAACUCUUAUUACUGAGACAGGAAAUUCCAGCAGGAUGGAGACACGGGAAAUAGGAAGGAAACUACACUCUAGACUCAAUUAUUUAUUUUUACAUUAAUUUUGUGUUUGGCUUUAAAUUUCUUAAUUACACACCGAUUAUGAAAGUAAAAUAUGAAGACCAAAGUCUCCUAUAGAUCACAUGGUAGUAGGAUUAAACAUAUUGGUGAUGGAUUUUCAUUUGUUUCAUUAAUUAAAGCCAUUAUAGUUUCAGUUAUCUAUAUUAAUUAAUCUUUAUUAAGACUAUAUUAAUCUUUUUUGUUAGAUGAUUUCACAGAAUGGCAUUGUUAGGAGGAAUACUGGUUUAUGUUUUCAAACUAAUGUGUGAUAAGAUGUAUCACAAAACGCUUCCCAUUUCAAUUUCCUGAAUGUCUCUGGCAAUUCUUCUGUACCACGGCGAGUGUCCUUGAGGCAGACGUCAAGGUCAGGAGGUGAUAACCUGCUCUGGUCCAGGACCUCCCUUCUCUCCUCCUGUCUCUCUUGCUGUCUCUCUCAUUCUUCUCAAGUUUGGUCACACUCCUGUGUUUGAUGGAAUGACUGCCAGGUGUUAGACAAGAACUCUUCUUUGUGGCUAAGAAAAGUUUCUCCACACUUGCAAAUAAACAUACAGAAUCUGAGGA